AAUACACACAUUGUCCCUUUCUUCCAUCACUUGAGACACAAACUCACACACUUUGUACUCUCCGUCCUUCCUUCUUCGAUCCAGAUCUCUCUCCUUCUCCCUCAAAUGGCUUCCCUUCUGCAAUGUUCCAUGCCCCUCGUCUCUCUUUCCAAUCGAGCUCUGGUACCCGGUACCAGGAUCUCCAACCCAAGUUCAGUUUCCCUUUCAAUUAAGGGAAGAAGUUUCCCAUCCGUUACAUUGCAGCCCAGAGGGCGUCGGUUUCAGCUUAGAUGUGCGGCAAAACCAGAGACAGUGAAGAAGGUGUGUGACAUAGUCAAGAAGCAAUUGGCACUGCCAGAUGAAUCAGCUGUUACUGGAGAGUCUAAAUUUGCUGCACUUGGAGCUGAUUCUCUUGACACGGUUGAGAUUGUGAUGGGACUUGAGGAGGAAUUUGGUAUUACCGUGGAAGAAGAAAGUGCCCAGAGUAUCACCACCGUUCAAGACGCUGCUGAUAUGAUCGAUAAGCUUCUUGAAACCAAGGCUUAAACUAGUAAAAAGGACAAGCAUGUCCAUUUUAGAGUUUUUUGCUAUGUCGACGGAAGGGGUUUUUAAUCUUUAUCUUUGGUAUUACAACUUGAUUGUCUAAGUAACUGCUAGUUCUUUUCUGGAUUGUAUUGCGAUUACUAUAAUAAUAGUUUUAAGAACUCAGUCAUUUUGUUUCCGUUGAAUGAAAUUGAUUGUCAAAAUCACGUCCAUUAAGUAUUUGCAUUUUUUA